UCUCAGAAAGGAUUUCCCUUCUUUUCCCCCUUCGUCUUCUGUUUUUGUACAGACAUCAGGUGCCGUGGAGGGGACAGCAGUUGUUCGGUAUAAUUUCCAAAACGAGACUCCCACAGAAACGACUAAGUUCUCACUCCAUCUUGAGGAGACAGACAGGCUCCCUGUUCACCGUCUUGCAGCUCAGGCACUGUUGCAAGAACUAGAAGAGGCCAAGGAGGAGGUGGAGGAAAAGCGGCGCCUGGCACUAGAGACAAGCCUGAGCUCCGGGGUGGUGUGUUCCCAGACAGCCUACGUGGGUGUGAACACAGAGCUGGGCAAGCCGGUCCAAGGGCCCCUCCUCCACCGAGAUGUCCCCCUUGCAGGUUUCUGUUUGUCAUCAAGAUUGAUGUCCUGUGCAAUGCCAUCACCACUUUCAAAUUCAGUGCCAUUCUUCGGCUCUGCAGGUCCAGCAGGUGGCUAUAGAAGAAGACAGCCAAAAACUGGGGGAGGAGUAUUCUCUACACAGGGAUGUGAUUUUUCAGCAGCCAUGAGCAGCAUGUCGCCGAGGUUCAAGAUGGGUAAUUCCUCCCGAGAGUCAGAACCUUCCAGCCCUAAGGAGGAAGAGUCGCCUCUUUUGAAGUUGGUAUCCCUGCAGAAUGCAGAUGGUUCCUGGCCUCACGGGUCUGCCCUAGCCAGGAUCCUAGGUCUGAGCGAGUCUGUGAUCUCAGACAAAGCACUAGCCAAUGUGGACCCAAACAUAUGGGCAACGGUGCUGGCUAUUCUCUGGCUUCAUUUGACUGCUGCAGAGCAGAAAGAUGAGUGGGAGCUGCUGGAAGGAAAAGCUGUCCAUUGGCUCCAAGUGAAUGCAGGAGCUAAGCUGGCUGAGUGUGUGAAGGCUGGUAAUGCAGUCCUGGGAAGUAGUGUGAGCCCCCAGGUUUUUGGGCUUUGAGUUCAUGGGGUUAUCCUACGCCUGAAACAGAAAUGUCCACUUUUGUUACUGCUGAAAUAUUAUCUGCUGCCUCCCCACAGGGGCACCAUUAGUCCUCCUUUAGAAGGUAUCAGCGUCUUGCUUGCAAGCUUGCUAAGUUCUAAUACAUUUCAGUAUGUUCUAUUGGUGCAUUAUUAGCCAAGCACUCCAUGUAUAAAUUCAGAUUUAUUGUGAAAUAGAUACAGAUAUAUUUUAAAAGUAAAUUGGCAAGG